AUGUCUUUCAGUGGAAAAUAUGAGCUAGAGAGCCAUGACAACUUUGAGGUUUUCAUGAAAGCCAUCGGGUUUCCUGAAGAGUUGAUUGAAAAAGGCAAAGAUCUAAAAAGCGUGUCUGAAAUCGAGCAAAAUGGUAAGACUUUCAAGGUCACUGUGACAACAGGAAGUCGAGUUAUGACCAAUGAAUUCACUAUUGGAGAAGAGACAGAGCUACAGACAUUUUCAGGAGAAAAAGUGAAGGGAGUCGUUCACAUGGAAGGAGAUAACAAGCUAUCCGUUACACUAAAGGGAAUUACUUCUGUUACUGAGUUGCAAGGAGAUAAACUUAUUAGUAUGCUUACCUUUGGAGAUCAUUCCUACAAAAGAAUAAGCAAGAGAGUAUAG